GACAUUUUGUAAAAUUUCUAGUCAAGGAAGCCGCUAACCUAAUUCCCAUGGAUACCAAUGGCUUGAGCGAUCCUUAUAUUGCCAUACAGCUACAUCCAGAUCGCAGUGGCAAAACCAAAAAGAAGACCAAGACCAUUCAAAAGAAUUUGAAUCCAGUUUUCAAUGAAUCGUUUACUUUCGACAUUGGACCCCAGGAUCGUGAAAAGCGUUUACUGGUAGAAGUAUGGGAUUGGGAUCGUACUUCUCGUAACGAUUUUAUGGGCUCUUUCUCCUUCAGCAUGGAGGAAAUUCAAAAGGAACCAAUUGAUGGCUGGUACAAGUUUUUGUCGCAAGUUGAAGGUGAACAUUACAAUAUACCUUGCACUGAUGCCGUCAAUGACAUUGCUCGCCUCAGGGAUGAGGUUAAGACCGAAAAGAAGACCAACAAACGCCGCAUGGACAACAAGGAUAUGCCACACAACAUGAACAAACGUGAUAUGAUUAGGGCUGCUGAUUUUAAUUUCAUUAAAGUUUUGGGCAAAGGUUCAUUUGGUAAGGUGCUAUUGGCCGAACGUCGUGGUACCGAUGAAUUGUAUGCCGUCAAGGUACUCCGCAAGGAUAUUAUUAUACAGGCCGAUGAUAUGGAAUUGCCAAUGACGGAGAAAUUCAUAUUGGCACUGUCGGGAAAGUCACCAUUUUUGAUAUCAUUGCAUUCAUGCUUCCAGACUAUGGACCGUUUAUUCUUUGUAUUGGAAUAUUGCAAGGGUGGUGAUUUGCUUUAUCAAUUGCAAAAAUAUGGACGUUUCAAGGAAUCGGUGGCCAUUUUCUAUGCCGUUGAGGUUGCCUUGGCCUUGUUCUUUUUGCAUGAACGUAAAAUCAUUUAUCGCGAUUUGAAAUUGGAUAAUAUUUUAUUGGAUUUGGAUGGCCAUAUCAAGUUGACCGAUUUUGGUUUGUCCAAGGAUAAUGUGGGAGAAAAUGACACCACUCGCACCUUCUGUGGUACCAGCUGUUAUUUGGCUCCGGAGAUUUUGGCCUAUGAACCUUAUAAUCACACCGUUGAUUGGUGGGCCUAUGGUGUACUUUUGUACGAAAUGAUGGCUGGCCAACAACCUUUCGAAGGUGAAGAUGAUGCCGCCAUGUACAAGAAUAUCAAAGAAAAGAAGGCAGUAUUUCCAAAACAUUUUUCGCAGGAGUCCAUGGAUGUUAUUACUAGUUUCUUGGCCAAGAAGCCGAACAAUCGUUUGGGUGCCGGGAAGUUUGCACGCAAUGAAAUUCAAACCCAUCCCUUUUAUAACAUUAUUGAUUGGGAUUCGGCUGCAGACAAGGGCAUGGAACCACCAAUUAUACCCAAAAUUAAACAUCGCAAAGAUAUAUCGAAUUUCGAUACCACCUUUACCGCUGAGAAAACCGAUUUAACACCCACCGAUAAAUUGUUUAUGAUGAAUUUGGAUCAGGGUGAUUUCUUGGGUUUCUCUUAUAUGAAUCCGGAAUUUAUAACAAUGGUCUAAG